ACGUGCACCCGCUCCUUUACCUUUCCAGGCCACACUCAAGAUGGCGGCCAGACGCAGUUAGGACGCACGCUAACGCUCUGCCCACUGCCUCUCUGAUUGGCUCUCGCCGCCAGCCAUCUGCCACGCCACCCAAUCAGCCGCUUUGUUUGGCUACCCCCCGAAAACGCUGCGGCCUAGCACUGCUACGGCGUAGAGAGGAGCCUGGCGCCGCUGGCCGAGGGGUCCCGGCCGGGUGCGGGUUGGCCAGCAUGAGCCGGCUGAGCCCUUUCCUGGUUGCGCCGCGCCUGCUCCGCCGGCCCUGGGUCCGGCCGAGGCGGCCUAGCAGCGUCUCCAUAGUGACGGGACCCUGCGCGGGCCUAGCGGGGUCAGGCGCCGCCGCCGCCUCCCUGUGCUCGGGCCCAGCGGCUCCGAGCCUGGCCAUGGAGGAGCUGCUGAGCCGCUCCGUGCCCCCGCUGCCCCCCUACGAGACGCGGGAGAAGGCGCCGCCGCCGGCCGAGCUCCGCAGCGCGGAGUUCAUGCGCUCCUACAGGGCCCUGGAGGCCGGGCCCCCGCGGGCGGAGCUGCUGGCCCGCCUGGCCCGGGACUUCGGCGUGGACCACGGACGGGUGGCCGAGUCCAGCGCCAAGGUGCUGCAGGCUCGGGAGCAGCAGAGGGAGCCGGGCGCCCUGCUCCAGGCCGAGGACCGGCUCCGUUAUUACCUCAGCCCCCGCUACCGGGGCCUCUUCCAGCACCUGGGCCGGCUGGAGGGCGGGCUCCGCUUCCUGAUGGAGCUCAGGGGCGACCUGGUGGAGGCGCUGGCGGCGCGGCAUGCGGAGGGGCCGCACGUCAGGGAAAUGAAUAGCAUGCUAAAGAGCAUGCUUUCAGAAUGGUUUUCUACCGGAUUCCUAAACCUGGAACGAGUCACCUGGCAGUCACCUUGUGAAGUGCUUCAAAAGAUUAGUGAUUCUGAAGCUGUGCAUCCUAUCAGAAACUGGAUUGAUAUGAAGCGUCGAGUUGGGUCAUAUAGAAGGUGCUACUUUUUUGCCCACUGUGCAAUCCCCGGGGAACCAUUGAUAGUCUUGCAUGUAGCACUAACCAAUGAAAUCUCCAGCAGCAUCCAGGCCAUAGUGAAAGACGUUCCCCCUCUAGAAACAGAAGAUAUGAACAAAAUUACUACAGCUAUUUUCUAUUCAAUCAGUCUGACGCAGCAGGGACUUCAGGGUGUAGAACUGGGGACUCACCUCAUCAAGCGAGUUGUUAAAGAACUACAGGGGGAAUUUCCUCAGAUCAAAGUGUUUUCUAGUUUGUCACCUAUCCCAGGAUUCACCAAGUGGCUCAUUGGACUGCUGUCCUCACAAACAAAGGAACAGGGGAGAAAUGAACUAUUUACAGAUGCAGAAUGCCAAGAAAUCUCUGAGAUCACAGGUGACCCUGCUGCUGAAAAGCUAAAGAGGCUCUUAACUAACAACGAAUGGGUGAGAUCGGAAAAAUUGGUCAAAGCAUUGCAUUCACCGUUUAUGAGGCUCUGUGCUUGGUACCUGUAUGGAGAGAAACACCGCGGAUAUGCCCUUAAUCCAGUAGCAAACUUUCAUCUUCAGAAUGGUGCUGUGCUGUGGCGGAUAAACUGGAUGGCAGACACAAGCCCCCGUGGGAUCACUGCUUCAUGUGGCAUGAUGGUAAACUAUCGGUAUUUCUUAGAGGACACAGCCAGUAUCAGUGCAGGAUACCUUGGGACAAAGCACAUCAAAGCCUCAGAACAGGUUCUUUCCUUGGUGUCUCAAUUUCAACAAAAUAGCAAACUUUAAAUAUACAGCAAGAUUUUAAGAGCGAACAUUUCUCGUUUGAAUGACGGGGUAUGAUAUUUUGGGGUGUCAUUGAAAAGGGAAUGUUUGUAUAAAAAAAAAAAAGGAGCUCUGUUCUUAGUCACAGAAGGAUGAAAAAUUACAUAGUUUGCCAAAAUUACAAUAACUUUCUUUACUUGCACUGCCAGAUACUCAAAGCCUGGUUGAAUUAUUGCCAUACUUUUUGUUCAAAUGAGCUGGAAGUGUGUAUUAAAGGCUGCGUAAACUCAUCUCAGUAAGGUUACAAGCCAGUGUGGACUUGUGUGGAUUGUUCUCUGCCCUUGUUGUCGUUCUCAGGAUCAGUAUAGUUGUUUAAGGUACAUCUUUAAAAGCACAGAGGAACUCUUCAGUAUGCUAAUAUAUUAAAUAGAUUAAUAUCCAAAUAACUAGAUAAAAGCAAUGGGCAAAGACAAAUUUUUGUUCAAAUUUGUAUAAGCAGAAGAGCAAUCUGCAGCAUUUCUUCACUAAGGUCUUCGUCGUCUUUAUUCCUGACAUUUUUUGGUAAAACCUCUUGAUUUGGCCAUUCUUUUGCUUUUUCAAAGUACAGUACAAAGUGCCAACACUGAAUCAUUGCUCUGAUCGAGCAACAAGAUACCUUAUAUUUCUGUGGCUUUUUCUAAAGGCAGUAGGUAUGUGUAACAGUAUAUUUGCAGAUUGCUAUAGCUCAAAUUUACAGUUUAAUAAGUAAAAUCAGUGGUUCUGAAUAAGAGAAGAGAGUCUGUUGCUUAUAGGACUUAAUUAUGAAGCUUUUGGAUAUAUAUUAAAUCUCCAUAAAUUAUUGGGCAUUUUAGAAGUUGGUAAGAAGCUUUUUUAAUAGUAAAAAGCCAGGUUUGGUCUGUAAAGCAAUAAAUUAAAAUAAAAUAAGUCUUGCCCUAUAAACGUUACACGAUAUCUCUCUUAAAAUGAACCAUAUUCAGGUUACAGUCAUACUUGAUGACAGUGUCUCCAGUGAAAUAAGAUAACUGCCUUCAAUGGAUCAGAUAUCAGCAGAUUUGGAGUGCAGAAUUCUUGACUUCUUCAAUGUAUGGUGAAAUCCUGACCAGAUUCCUGAGAGAAUUACACAAACAUUUCUAUUUCCCUAUUCAAGUAAAGAUGAAAGGAUCCCCAAGUGUCUAGAUGUACCAUUUCAUUCCAGAAGAAAGGACAAUCAAAUGAAUUAUUUGUAUUCACUAAACAAAAAACUUCCCACCUACUGACUGGCCUGUUUUAAAUACCUGCUAAAGAGAUUAAAUGUUCCCUGGCUUCAGCUGAUGGCAGAUUUCUGAGUGUGAUGAUGCAGAGAGGCUGGAUUCACUACACACUGUUCCCUUCAGAACAAAGUCAUUUUUACAUAGCAGCUGGUCUUCACAUUAGCAAUGGCAAUUAGCCUAUGCCAUCCUGCUUUCAUUGUGUUUUUAAGAAUGGUUCCAAAAGCCAUCACAUCUAGUCAGCAGGUAUCUCUUAUGUCAACAAAUUAAGGCAAACCCAUGGGUUUUGAUCAGAUACCAGUUAAAAAAAAAUUCUACCAGCUUCUUGUGGGGGAGGAAUAUUGUAUUGUCAAAAUUUUUAAGGAAAAUUAAGAAUCUCUUUGCUCAACUUGAAUUGUAGUUUUUGUGAAAAUGCCAGAGGGCAAUACAGUACUUGCCAAAAUAUAGCUUUUUCACUGGGUCUGAAUAACCUGAUUCAUUGCACAUGAGCCAAAAAAACACUGUGUAAGGUUUUUGAGAAGAAUCAGGAAAUUCUUCAGUUUGCCUCUGCAUUUCCCACUUACGGAAUUAAAUACUCAGACUUCUGGAAUUUUCUGGUGUGAGUAGUGUCCACUGGACACUGUCCCGGGUUUGGCCAGUGGUGGGAAAGCAGCUCAGCCUAAUCAAUCAGUCAGUGGCUUAGAGUAAAGGUAACUGCCAACAGGACAAGAAAACAGUUAUUUUAAUUUUAAAACUAGUGUUUCACUGAUGGGGUGAGGACUGGGGUGCUGUGGUUUUUUCUGAUAAUACCUGAAAAUAGACAGACCCCACUGUGUACCAACUCAACUGGUGAGAGUAAACGGUGGGCUUGUGUACACAUGAAGGUUAAUGUGGAAUAAGGUUGGGUGUGAAUUUAAAGUUGAUUACCUAUCCCUGUUUAACUCCAUUUAUGGAAACUUUUAUUCCAUAAUAACAGCGCCUUAUUCCAAAUUAACUUAAUCUACUUUAAACUAAUUUGGAAUAAGGUGCUCUUCUUUUGGAUUAAGAGGGUCCACACACACAGUUAAUCAGGAAGAGCUAUUCUGGAAUAACUCCCCGUGUGGAUUUAUGGUGUUUGGGACUGUACUUGCCUUUAUGCCUUCAGGUGAGGGAUCACAGGCAUUCAGGGAACAUAUUGUGGCCCCAGUGGACACUGCCAGCUAAAAGGUUCCAAACACGCAUAAAUGAGGCACGUACAUACCAUCAGAGGGAUCCACAUGGAAAAAGCAUCUGAAACCAGAGUUACUGUUAGGAGUAACCUGCUGUUCCCUAGGGUUUUCAGACCUGCUCAGCCCCCAUUAAGAUCAGUGGGAGCUGCUGGGUGCUCAGCAUGUCUGAAAAACCUAGUUAUUUAUAUGGCUUAAAAAAAGCAGUUGGGUACUGAGCUCUUUUGAAAAUUUGAUCCUCCCCUGCCCCCCACUGAAAUCAGUGGGAGUUGAGAGGCUUCCGCACCAUACACCAAUGGUCAUUAUAAACAGGGGCUUAAUCCUGUUGUUAUUGAAGGCCAUGACAAAACUUUCAUGGAUGCCAAAGGUGCAGGGUUGGGACUUCACAGGAUAAACGUCGUCCCUACGGAGACCAUUAAUAUCGGGUAUGAAUGACAACACGUCUACUUCUUGAUGCAUUUACCCAGUGCAGAGUGUACUCCGUCCUUUCCAGUCAGUCAUUGCUUCAACUUGUCUAAAAUUGCCUGUCGAUGGCUCUUGGAGUAAAUUUCAGCAUUUGCUAUAUGUAAAAUGUCAGUUUUGCCUAAAGGGAGGAUAUUAUCCAUGUUUAAAGACUCUCAAGGACUUAAGAGUUUAAAAACCUGCUAAAUUAAUUCAGCCAGACCUUGCACUGGAGUGGCACCCAUUAGUGUUGCCGUGGUGAAUAGUCAGUUGCUCCUUCUGUGUUAGUACCCCAGUUUUCUAGGGGUUCUAGGAGGACCAUUUUGAACUUUCAUCCUUCUGAAACUUGGUGUGCAAGUUGUUGUUUUUUUUCCAUUUCAAAAAUAAGCUUUUUGGACUUUAGAGCAAAAAAUGGGGUUUUAAAUAUUUUCUCUAAGGAAAAACAGCUUAAAUUUAAGAACCUGAAAUUUUUCAAGCAUGUAUUCCCAAGAGGUACUUAUUCAUCUGAAGUUACGCUGCUAAGAUAAGAAUUAUAAAGGAUAAUGUUGGGGGAAAAAGAUGAUCACUUACUGGGAUGAGGAAAAAAUCUCCCUUUCUGAAUAGGUGUGCUAUAGAAGUUUUAUGAAAGGUCCCCUUGAUUCGACAAUAGUUUGAUACCAGACUAGGUGGAGGAAUGAUCUGACCUAGUAUGACUUUUUUUUUUUUUUCUCCCCAAUGCUAUAUGUAGACUGGUGCCUUUUUAAAAUUAAAGACAAAACAAACAAAAAAAACCUGUCAUUUUCCAUUUCUCUAUAAGAGCAUGAAGAAGAAACCCCAUUUUAAAAUAAGGACCUGAUUUUUAGUGCGAUUUUAACCCACCCUGUGCUUUCCUAACACGUGCACCUGCAGUUGCAACCGAUAUGAUAAAACACCAUUGCAGGUACAGGCAUUAAUAUCUAUAAUACCUGCCCACAUGGCCAAUAGUGGUAGGAAAGUGCCCUUGAAAGUACCUGCAAGCUAACUGUUGCCCGCCAGGAUCUAAAUAUCAGGCCUAAAGUUGUAGCAUAAAAUUGUGACCAGAGCAAGGAAAAGAUGAGCAGAGUACCUUCCCAUUUCUGUGCUUUCCCUAUUAUUUCUAGAACUCUGCAGUCUGUUUUGUCUGUAACAUCAUUAACUAUUAUCUUCACAUGGAGCCCUGAGGGGGAACGUGUAGAUAACUGUUGUGUGGGUGCUGAACUUUCAAUGGCUGCUGUCAAAAGAGUGCUUAGUCUGAUACCCUGACAGCCAGAUAGUCACUUAGGAAAAUCAUUUUUAGCAAACACAUUACUGCAGGACAUGACACUUCUGUUUUCAACAGAGAUCAGAAGCUAGGUGUAUUUAUUUUUCCCUUCUCCAAAGUGUAGAAAGUACCAUUUAAUCUGUAUACUCCUGGUUUUAAGAUGAAAUUCAGUUUUAUGUAUGAAUAAAUACAGCUGUUUAUGAAGGAAAAACCCUAUAUUUGUUCUCUAAAAUGCCUCCCGUUUGAGGAAUUCAAAUAAGAGACUUCUGUUAAAGACAACAGAGAUUUUGAGUGAUGCAACAGUCUAAUCUAAACGAGGCUCAUAAACUUUGGAUUCUCACACCUAGACAGAGUUUAAAUGCCUCCAUGGUGUGUGUGUUGGGAGAUUAUAAGCAAAGAUUUUUAGCAUCACAUUGGAGGUGCAUUGUAUGGAUGUAUUUUCUAUAUGACAUCUGUUCUCCACAAGCUCUCAAGCACCUGCAAAAGUAUUUCACUUGAUGUUGGCUUUUUGGUUCACUUCAUCUGUUACACCGGUAACUUAACAAAUUAGGCUAAAUAUUCUAUCAUUUAAUUGUGCAUCAGAAAUUUAGUUCAAUUUUAAAAGAACCUUUGUGAAAGGAUUCUUGAGGGUGAAGUCUUCGCUCAUUACUGCCACUUGCUGUUUAUUCCCACUCAUUUUCUUUCAUUGGUUGUUGGCCUUGAAAUGCCCAUCAUUUCUUAGACUGUCCAGCGUGCCCUUAAACGUUGCUUUAAAAUGAACAAUGCUGAAAAUGGAAAGGAAAUGCUCAUCGUAUGUACUAUUUACUGGGGCAAUGGGCAUGUCAUUGGAGAGGUUUUCGUCUAUUCUUUUGAAAUGCAGCUUCAUUGCUCAAAACGCAGGGAUAAUGCCUCCCCCCUCCCAGUUUGUGGAGCUGGUGGAGCCUAUUCUGAAGAGCACACACAUAACAAAGAGGCUGUAACAAAAGUGUAGAACACAGCAAAACUUGGGUCUUCUUCCAGUGUUUGUCUGACACUCGGCAGGGCACAGUUAUAUCUUAGAAUGUAAAAGGUAAAUUUGCAGUACAGCGCCUCAGCAGCAUGACUCCUGUUUGCUUUUGUCAGUUUCAGCUAGCUGCUGAACGAUGAUGCUUUUUUAAUGAUGAUCUAGAAAAUAUUCAAAAUAGAAACAUGUAUUAUGUAGCCAUCGUAAAGGCAAUUUUCUGUUGACAUUAAAAUGCGAUUUUAAAAUCUCUAAAUGACCAAGACCUCCUCCCCCUCAAUAUGAAAAGUAAUUUUUAAAAAAAACAACACUCUGGCUUCUUUCUCCUUCUUUGAUCCCAAGCUGAGGAGUUUUCAUGUGCUGUCCUUUUCUGAUAGCCUUUUAUCAUUCUAAAACCCUCAUUGGGCUGAAGAUUUAAACACAUGCUGAAUGAUGCACUCCUGCAGUAGUCAUGUGCUUUUGUGUCCCAAGCAUUUAACCUGUACAAAUUAAAUACAUAUGUUCACCGCAGAACCCUCUGAUGCAACACACUCUAGAGAAUAAUUCAGUUAGUUGGCAGUCUAGUCUCUACUCACUCAAUCCAUGGCUUCCCCAUGAAGGGGUCAGAUCCUGUAGUCUAGUCAGGACCAGAGAAAGGCGUAUGUGCGUAGAGGGAGGGCAGCAAGGGAGACGCAAAGUGGCAUUAGUCUUUGUAUUUUCUCAAAUUCUGGCACCAGGCUAUUCCCAAAUGGAAAUCAGAGCAGACUUCAGGCUGCAGGAUUCAACUAAUGCCUAGCUGCCUAUGCCUGGCCCAAAGGCCCAUUGUUACAGAACAGCAUUCUGGCCCUGUCCUUUAUACCACACGCCAUUGAAGUAUUCCCCGAAAGGGGGGAAGUCACAGUAAGCUCGCUAAAGUAUCUUUACAGCUGCUGUGGCACAAAGCAGACAAAAUGUGGGUUGUCUGGUGCAAGGGUGCUAACGAAUAGUGAUUGUAUUAAUGGGGUAUUUUGUGCAUGUGCUCUAAACAGCUGCCCAUGCUAUACUGGAUGUAGUCUACAAACUCAUUUCAGCAAGAGCUAUGGGCUGGGUAAUGAGUUUUAGUCACUAUCAUAAUGAACUGGGUUGGAACUAUUAACCCAGAGGGGGUUAAUGCUUCUCUAAGGCUUUCCAUUGCAAACACAAUUUGUAAAUCAUAGCUGGUUGUUUCAGAGAACAUAUUGCUAAAUCUGGGCGUUUUACAGGUCCUCUAUCAGCCCAAAUACAGAUUUAUUUUAAGGGGGUGGGCAGGGUAUAAAUUGAUUUUUGACAUGUAUUAGUCACAGAUUUGCAAAAAAUGUCUUUAAACACAGUUUCAGAUGCUCAAUUAAAAAUAAACAUACUGCAAAAAUGGCUUGAAUUUUACCUAACACUUGAUAGACACACAGUCCUUACUGUGGACUGCUUCUUUUUGUUACUAUCAUUACCAUAGUAAUAAACAAACUGGUCUUGAUGGGAGAACGGAAAGAACAGCUAUAGAGCAAAGUUGUGUCAUAUUUUUAUGAAAAUGCGAAAAUGAGUAGAUUGGUGUGUUUUUUUUGUAAAGUGCCUAGAGCCAAAUGGUCUGCAGGGAGACAUGUUUUGUGGGUUGCUGUUGUAGACAAAUACAAGAAACUACCUACACCACGGAAAAGGCAGCAACUUUAUUCAGUUUCAAGAAACACUUAUGGCCUUCUUUAUAAAGACCUUUGUGAUGGCUCAGUAUGUGCAAUUUGUGUCUUGAGUGUCCCAUCUUACACUAUUUGCACCUUAUAAAUAGUACAUUGGAAUGAUGUAUGGACUGCCAUCUAUUGGGGACCCAUAGAAGAACACACAACCUCCCUAAGUGAUUCAUCUCUCAUGGAGGGAGUUGGACUUCAUUUCAGUGGUGAGAAAAAGAGUGGUGGAAGUGGAUCAGAAAAUGGUCCUAAGCAGCAAAGUAAUGUAACUUGCCUUGAUUCUGUCUCAGUAGUGGAGUGUAGCUGUAAAACUAUGAUGCCUUUGUUUUAGGUACAGCACAGUAGCUCAGCCAGCCAAUGAACCGUUUCCUUGGCACACAGAAGGGGUGGAGGCCCUGAGAGAGGCCACCUGGACAAUUUAGUGAGAGCAGAGGUCCCAGGGAGGUGGAGCCAAGCUGCCUGGAAAAUUCAACAAUAAAACUCAUGUUAAGAAAUAAUGAGCAUUUCCCCGUAUGAGACCCAGUUAGGUGUGUUUGCAUGGGUAACGGUAUUUCAUGGCACUAGAAUAAGUUAAUGUUGCCACUCUGUCUAGGAUGUAGUGUUUUGGAAUGUGGGUGCUUUGUUCCCUACUUGCUCCUGCAGAUGUGAGAUGCUGCACACAUGCAAAAGGGUCCGAAGAGGAUGACGGUGCAGCAACACAGUGAAUGAGGUGGAAGAAAGCAGCCACUGCCCCUCCAUUAAUUUAUGGUUACAUCGAUCCCAUUAUUUUUCUGAGGGACCAAGUAACUCCUGGCAUGAAAGUUCAGCUCCUAUGGACAGCAAUGGGUGUUGUGCUCAUUUUAACAGGUGGGUUUGGUUCCAGGAGAAAUGCCAGAUUGAGGCAAGUUACCCCCACAUAUACCAACUUCUGGGCUAACUUACAACCCAUUUUGGCCAAGAGCUGUAUGUCAUGCAUAAGACCAUUACACUGAGCAAACCAAAGAAAAGUUUGUGCCAAUUUACCUCAUGCAUCACUGGCUUGGUUAGGAUGUCAAAAAUAGAGAUGAUAUGAUGGCUGUGUUCAUUAUGUUCCUCCAGUAAAAUAAAUGAAACGAAGCACUAUUUUGAUGAUUAUGCUGUCCGAGUAGCGGCACUAUAUACUGCUGUGCAAAAAGUCACUGAUAAAAAAGGAGUUAUCGGCCCAGAGCCUUGGGUGGUAUAAAUCAAUGUAUUUUCAUUGACUACAAUGGAACUACACCACCUUACACCAUCUCAUGAUCUAGCCAAUAGUCUCCAACGCCCAGAUCCUCAAAGGUAUACAGGCUCCUCGCUUCCCUUGAAAUCUGUGAAAUUUAGGAUCCUAAAUAGCGUUGAGGAUCAGGGCCAAAGGGCUUGUCAAUACCAAUUUGCACUGGUGUAGUGUAAACCCAUGUGGACCAUUAUUUUGGAUUUAAACCUGUUCCAAAUUGGCUUAA